GGGGACCCGCGUCAAAGCAGUUGCGGGACGACACACCUCGGCUGCACAGCCUCUGGAUCCAUGCCGCGCGCUCCUUUCUGCUCCCUUACAAAUCCACCAUCCCUCGUGACACCGCUUAACGACGGCCUCUUGGCGUGGCUCGAGCCUCAGCUGGGCAUUCACGGGCUCGAUCGGGCUGAGGCGCAAGUGGCCACGAGAUGACAGUCCCAGAAACUUUGCGCGAAAACACCGUGCGCAAUCUGACUGUCACGGGCAACAAGGGCGGAUCGCGUCCAAAUGCGGUUCCCGACACAAUGAUGAUCUUCGCGAAAAGAGUCCGAAGAAGCUGGUGUUGUGUGGCACAGCGUGGAUCCCGACACAUGGCAUUCGGUGUGCCAGUGCGACGGUCGGAGGACGGUGGCUCGCCGGAUGACGCAGCUGCUGCCGAGACUGAGCGAGUGGGUCUUGAUAUAAGGCAUGUGAGGGAGGGUGGAGGGAGCCAGCAAAAUUAACCCGGCACGCGAUUUCGCAAUGCUCACCAAGACCUUCCUUCCCCUACUUUCCCUGGCCGUGGUGGCCUCCGCGCAGGUGCAGUCCCCCAUCUUCGACCUCGGGUACGCCAAGUACCAGGGCGCGGUCAACACGACCACCAAUGUCACCAGCCUGAUCGGCAUCCGGUACGCCGCGCCCCCCGUCGGGGACCUGCGAUUCCGCGCGCCCACGGCGCCGGCGAACGUCAGCGGCGUCCAGUCUGCGACGGUCGAGGCGAACCAGUGCUACCAGGCGUUCAUCGGCAAGGCGCCCGGCAACUUCAUGUCGCUGAAGCGCGCGACGAUCUCGCCCAGCGAGGACUGUCUUUUCCUCAACGUCUUCUAUCCGAGCGAUGCUGCCGGUAAGCCCAAAGAGAAGCUGCCGACGCUGUUCUGGAUCCACGGCGGAGGAUACGAUGUUGGCGACAUCAGCAACUUUGACGGCGGCGACAUCAUCCGACAGGCCAACCAGGGCGUGGUCGUCGUCACUAUUCAGUACCGUCUCGGUGCCUUCGGUUUCCUUCCUGGAACGGCGACAAAGGAGGACGGAGACUUGAACGCUGGUAUCCUCGACCAGGACUUUGCGUUGCGCUGGGUUCAACAACACAUCUCCCAAUUCGGCGGUGAUCCUUCAAAGGUUACGAUCUGGGGCGAGAGUGCUGGCGGUGGCUCUGUUCUCCAGCACCUGAUUGCCAACAACGGAAAGACUCAACCCCAGCUUUUCCGCGCUGCGAUCACCAGCUCGAGCUACCUCCCUCCUCAAUACAAGUACGACGAUCCCGCCGCCGAGAUUCUGUUCAACACCUUUGCUGCCCAGAACAACUGUACAUCUGCCGCGGACGUCAUGUCGUGCCUGCGAUCUGUCGACGCCUCGGCGAUGGCCACGGUGAACAACAACGUCAACAACGGCGGCUUCUUCGGCACGUUCACGUGGGUGCCUGUGGUUGACGGCGAGUACAUCGUCCAGUCCCCGAUCGCCGCUCUGCAGAAGCGCAAAGUCAACGGCCAAGCGCUCUUGGCGAUCGCCAACGCGUUCGAGGGAACGAUUUUCAUCAACACCACGUCGAACGUGAACGCGUCGCAAUACGCGCUGGAGCUGUUCCCGCAUCUCACCGAGACGCAAGCGAAGAAGGUCGGCUCGCUGUAUGCUGGUCUCGGGGACAAUGUGUUCCAGGUUGAAGCCAUCAUGGGCGAAGCGAUCUUUAUCUGCCCUUCGUACUAUCUCGCAAACGCGUACUCUGGUCACUCGUGGAAGGGCAAAUUCGCCGUGCCCCCCGCGCUCCACGUCGACGACACCGCCUACUACUGGCCGACCGGCAACCCGCCGCCGUACCAGAACACGCAGUUCAUCAACGCCUUCGCGCAGUCCUUCACGUCGUUCAUCGUCAACCUCGACCCGAACCAGAAGAUCAACGCGAACACGCUCACGCCGCAGUGGAACCAGUACGACGUGGACCAGACCGAGAUGCUGUUCAACAGGACCGAAGCGGGCGUGCCCGUCGUCAGGGCGUUCAACACCGACCCGCUCCUCGAUGCGCGCUGCAGGUUCUGGAAUAGCGCCCGUAAGUCGCCGGUUCAGUGGUAGAUUGCCGCGGGGUUUGAUGACCGACCGCUGAGUCGGGUGUCUCUCUUUUCUACUUAUGGUAGCUAGUAGCAAAACUAAUCAAACAAUCUUCUUAAUCCCAUCCGGUUGUGGCCUCUCUACUCGAAACGUUUCUCAUUUAUCUCCAGAAAGCGAGGGUCCGCGUCACCUAAUUACUUGUUGCCCACUUUGAGGCUUUGCAUCGAGUGUAUUUCUCUUCCGGGGUCGCCGAGGUGUCGUGUCAGUGCACCCACUUGUUUGGCUAGCCCGCUGCCUACGAGGACUCGACGGUCGAGUCGGAAGAGGGCCCGCAGGAUGGUAGGUCGGUGGUACUUGUGGACGGGAAGCAGUAGAUGGAAGAGGUUUGCUACUGCACGCGAUGAGUCGAGAGACGGUCGGGUCGAAGCAUUUAGGCCCACCUUCGCAUUUCAGUAGGAGCCCCUGUCCGACGAGUCCCAUGACCAGGUACCGCACAUUGAAGGGAUGCUUCUGUAUCGCCAGGAGGUCGUCCAGAGGCGGAGCCGGGUCGUCGCGAAGCCAUCCUCUGCGCUCAGUGCCGUUCACAACGUCCCCUCCCGGCCCAGAGUUCUCGAACCCAAUUUUCUCCCCGCGAGUGCGUUCCAGGGUGCGCAGCCGAGAGAGUGCCGUGGUCACACGCUCCAGUUCCGCGCGAUUGCAGAUGGAGGUGAGCCCGUACGUCAGCCGCUGACCGAGCUGCUAUGUAGUGAGCGCGACGGCGAAGCCAGAACGCGCGAAGGGACCAAAGGCGCCUCCAUCGGCAUGCGUGGCCUGAAU